UGCUGCGGCCGCCGCCGAGUGUCAAUUUCCGCGCCGCCGCCUGCGGUCGCCCCCAGUGCGGCUCCGCGCGCCGCCCACCGAGCCCGCCGCGCGCCCCUGGCCCGGGUCCGAGCGCCCAUGGCGCAGUCGCCGGCAGCAGCGUCGCCGGGCGCGCCGGAGCAAGGCUGCCCCAUCCGCGUGGAGCACGACCGUCGGCGUCGCCAGUUCACCGUCCGGCUCAACGGAUGUCAUGACCGGGCAGUCCUGCUCUAUGAGUAUGUGGGCAAGCGGAUCGUGGACCUACAGCACACAGAGGUCCCUGACGCCUACCGUGGGCGCGGCAUCGCCAAGCACCUGGCCAAGGCCGCUCUGGACUUUGUGGUGGAGGAGGACCUGAGAGCCCAUGUCACAUGCUGGUACAUCCAGAAGUUCGUCAAGGAGAAUCCCCUACCGCAGUACCUGGAGCGCCUGCAGCCAUAGCCCUGGCUCCACAGGGCUCGAGCCCGCCUAUCGGACCCCCAGGCUUUGCCCUGGCCUCCGUGUGCUCUCAGGAAUCCUGGUCCCCACGGGGGACGGACUCAGAGUUAUUUUUGUAAGGACACUCAUCUGUGGCCCUGGGAGGCGGCUGGCCAAGGAUGGGCCGUGGUCCAGCUGCCAUGGCGAAGCGGAGCCCGGCUGUUCCUGCUCUGCAGACGGCGUGAGGGCCUGCAGUCGAGAUCAGAACGUGUGGAUGGGGGCGUCCCUCUGGCCAUGCCGGAUCCCCCUUGCUGCUCCGUGCUCUGUGAGGGGCAGCAGGGGGUCUUCUCCCCAGAUGAGGAGCAAUAAGGAACUAUGUGUGCCAACUUCCAGGGGCAUUGGGCCAAGCGAGGUGGCCCCCAUGCUGCCCCUGCUCUUGACUGUGUGCCUGGUGCAGGAGAUGACUAAACCACUGGAGCCCUCCCUGAUGAACAGGGCCAGGAGUGGGCUGGGUGCCAGUCCAGGCUCAGGCUCACACACACACACACGGCUGGUGUCUCCUUUACAUACACACAUGCAUUCACACGUGGCUGGUGUCUCCUUGGCAACCCACCCUGCAGGAUAGUGGUCCUCUCCCUCCACCCCACCGCCAUGCCCACCCUCCCCUUUCUAUCUGAGUGUCUUGGGGAUCCCUGCCCCUCAUUGUGGGUGAGCUUUCUCAAAAAGGACCUUUGAGCUGGGGUGGGAGGGAUAAAGCUGUCCUUCACAAACCAUUCUCACCACCCAGAGGAAGAAGCAGUUCGGAGGGAUUCCUGUGCAAACGCCACACGUCAGAGCGUCCUUCCCUUCCUGCAAGCCCGUGGCCCAUCAGGAGUCUGAGGCCCCUCCCAGACUCCCUUCCUGGGAACAGCUUGGGGAGCACCUCGGCACCUUUGUUCUGUGGGGCCUGCCUUUUUGGGGACUUCUUUUGGGGGCUGGUUGAAGCUUAAGAGUACAGCCUCCUGUGUCCUCCCCACAAGGGCCGAAUUCAUGCCUGCUCCCCUGUGGGGCCAGAGGGCAACUCAGGAGUCCCGUCCCUCUGGGGCUGAGAUGUGAGUUAACAGUGAACCCCUGGGAUGACACGGCCCCUUCAGGCCACUGGCUGGGGUGGACUGCUUGCCCCAGUGACCCCUCCAUUUCUGACCUCGGCAGUCCUCUCCAGGGUGCUCCCACUUAUAUACAUCUCAUCCAGAAGUGGGGACAUCUCCAUCUACAUGUGUCCAAAGGCCUGGCAGCCCUGAGUCACUGUCCUCGGCCCCCACAUCCCUCCCAGUGCCCAGCCCCCUUCUGGCCUCCAGGAAUUCUUAGAGGUUGCAGAGCACCCUCCCUUUCCCUCUCUGCCCCUGGCUGUGUUUGCAGAAAGCUUUGGGAGAAGCCCUUCCAAGGCCACACAUGUGCCCUCCUGGUGCAGCGUAAGAGCAGAGUAGGUAGUGGGCAUGAGGGUGGCAGCCCAGGCUCUGGGCCAUUUUCCUCUCCAUCAUCACCUCCUCCCCAUCCACACUCCCCAUGUUCAAGCACAGACUCCGUCAUGAAAACUCUGCAGUAGCUCAGAGAGCUGGUGCUGAUGCCUUUGCGGCCUUCUGGGCGACACAACCUGGUUCCAGGAGGCACUGUCCAUGGGAGGGUGUCCUGCAACAGUGGCACAGGGGACCCGAGGGCAAGUUGCAUGUGGAGGGACCGGAGGGCUGGGUGGCACAAGGGGGCCCACCAUGCCCCAGCCUGCACCUGUGUUCUCCCAGCGGGUGACUGGCUAGCCAGCUGGCACACACAGCACUUAGUACUUGAACCAGGGAUGUACAGGGUCCCCAGGGCCCUGCGACACUGGGCCAGGGACAGCGCGUCCUCAGUUUCUGCAGGUGCAACCUGGGCCCCCUUGCCUCAGGCUGCCUUACAAAAUGCCGCUGCUCUCAAUACGGCCCUUGACAGCAGCAAUGGCCAACUCCCCCAAUUAGGUGGGUGUGCUGCAGACCCAACCCUGGAACCCCAGUCUCCUCCAGCAGCACUCCCAAUCCUGACACUGCCGGUGCUAGCCCGACUGUGUGACGUCUCAGCCUCACCCUCCCGCCCCACCCAUCCCAGGAAACUUGGGGAACCCUCACUCAGGAGGCAGGUCACGUGGGUCAGUUUGUGUGCCGCCAGCAGGGAACGGGAAAGCUCAGAGACCUAUCAGGCCCCCAGCAGAUGGCCCCAUGGUCACAUGCUCUUCUGCCCGGACCGUUUGGUAGGUCUCACCCAGUUGAGACAGGCGGCCACCCAUGUGCCUUUCCCACUCAGGACCUGCUGCAGGUGGCGUCUGGGCCAGAGCUGGUCUCCAGACGGAGUGCAUGACAUUUCAAUAAAAAGUGUGACCCAG